CAAAAAUGUGCGAAUCAUUCAUGUAACGGAUUGGAGCCUUUCACAACAAAUUUAAUGAUGGGCAUGUUAGAUUCAGUGUGAUAUUAAAAAGUAAAACAAAUAUAUUAACAUAUUACUAAUGUAACAAAUUUCUGUUUCAAAUAUCAAGAGAAAAGUUUGUGUUAAGCUUUCUCUGGAAAUUUAUCCUUAUACAUCGAUUUACAAAGGACAGGAUAUAAGAUCAUUUUUGAAAAAGCCGACGUCAUCCAGCACCGUGUGACUGAAAGUAUCAAUAGAAACUAAAAGGUACACGAUUAUUACAAUGAAUUUUUGGUGCUAGUGCAGUUUUAGUGCUAGUGAAUUUUUCGGUGCUAUUGUAUAAAGAAAUAUUACGGUUUUCGUUAAUUUGUAAGCCAUUUUGAUGCUGUCUGUGGUAGUUGUGCUAUGGAAUAAGUAAAUUUAUUAUUACAGCGAAUUUUUGUGUUUUUGUGAGAUAUUACCGUUUUGUUUUAAAUUUGUUGGGAAUUCGAUGCUUUUUGUGGUACUUGUGCUGUGAAAAAGGUCAAUCUAUUAAUAGUUAAUCACGACCAGCAAAAUGCCUCUCUUCAGGAAAAGAUCAAAAGAAAACCAGACAGUAACUCUAAACAAAUUCGACAACAGAAAUGGACAUACCAACCCAGUAUUUACUACAGAUAGUAGUUUAUCAAUCACAGAAACUGGUGCUACACCGGAUUCUCUUAGACAAGAAUCAUCGUCUAAUGGGGAACCACCUUCUGGUAAUUCACCUCCAGUUACGAUUCAGCCGAAAGCGCCCCAGUUAAAACAAACAUUAAGUCUUGUUCACUGUGCAGCCAUAAUGAUCGCUGUUACCGGACAUUCUUCAGUUUUCAUAGCACCAACGUCUAUCCUGAAAUCAGCAGGUUCACCAGGAGCUGCUAUCAUUGUCUGGUUAGUUGGCGGACUCAUCAAUAUGGGAUUAGCUCUUUGUUUCGCUGAACUUGGAACUAUGUUUCCUACUGCUGGUGGACCUUAUGCCUUUGUCAUGAAAGGGUUAGGACCUCUUCCAGGAUUUCUGAUCAUGUAUGGAUAUGUUGUUCUGAUAUCUGGACCAUUUUGGGCAUUUUUGUCCUACACAGCUGCAUUGUAUCUGGUUAAACCGGUAUUCCCUGAUUGUGAAAACGAGUCAAUGAACCUAGGCGUAAAACUCUUAGCUGGAUGGAUUAUGAUUACAUUAGUAGCUGCUAACUGUGUAUACAUGAAAUAUGUCAGAAGACUACAGACGUUCCUAUCCAGUACCAAAAUAUUUGCAUUGCUGAUCAUAGUGAUUGGAGGGAUUUAUGAAUUAGCUCGAGGAGAAACAGAAUAUCUCGAGUCACCAUUUGAAGGAACAUCUGAAGAACCUGGUGGAAUAGCCAUUGCUAUAUUUUAUUCUAUAUUUUCUUACGGUGGCUGGCAAAUCAUGACCACACUAACAGAGGAAGUUAAACGCCCGGAAAGAGAUCUACCAAGAUCAGUGUACAUUGCCUUCCCGAUUGUUAUUAUUAAAUAUAUCCUAACCAAUAUUGCCUACUUUACUGUGAUUUCUCCUCGAGAAUUAUUAGGAUCUACUGCUGUGGCCUUGUUAUUUAUGGAUAGAUUAUAUAAACCAAUUACAGCUUUAAUAUCAGUUUUUGUAGCGUUGACUUCCAUCGGAGCUUUAAAUGCUUCAAUUAUGGGACAUUCAAGGUUAUUAUUUGCGGGUGCAAGAGUUGGUCAUAUGCCUGUUAUUCUUGGAAUGAUUCAUACUAAAUAUUUAACACCAUGGCCUGCUAUAUUUUUAUUGCUGGGUUGGUCUCUAGCAAUGUUAUAUACUGGUGGUCUAACAACGAUGAUAGAAUUUAUUUCAUUGUUCUCUACGAUAAUGGGCAUAGCUGUAGUGAUAACUCUCCUGUAUCUGAGGUACAAACAGCCUCAACAAUCCAGACCAUAUAAGACAUUUAUUAUUAUUCCAAUAAUUGAACUGUUGGUUAAUAUUGCUGUCUUAGUUUUGGCUAUUUACCAAAAACCACAUAAAAUAGGUAUAGGACUAGCUAUAUUAUUCGCUGGUAUACCUUUAUAUUGGUUUGGUGUUUUAUGGAGGAAUAAACCAAAAGAAUUUAAAGAUCUAGUUGAAUUUUGGACUGUUUCGGCUCAGAAAGUAUUGGUAUUGGUAAAAGGAACAUAAUGUACAUCAAUUAGUUGUAAAUAGUGUUAAUAUUUAAUAAGAGAAUUUAAAUAAAAUAGAAAAAAUAAUUUUAUUACAUAAAUG